AUUCUUCACCGUCGAUUCGCCUUCCAGUUCCCUGCGUUUGCUCAUUCGAUGUUGAAGUUUUGGUAAUCGUUUUGGACAUCUAGUCUUCUCUAGGGUUCUAUUUCUUGUUUUUGGUUGGCGGAUGGAACCUCGCGUUGGGAAUCAGUUUCGGCUUGGCCGGAUGAUCGGUAGCGUCUCGUUCUGGGAGAUCUAUCUCGAUUCAUCUUUCUCCUUCAGUUUUUCGGCAUUCGAGGUUCUGAUUAUGGAGCCGUGUUAGAAGUAGGUUUAAGGGUUGUAUUACAUCUGCAGGUACUAAUAUUCAGACGAAUGAAGAGGUUGCAAUUAAACUCGCAAGUGUUCUGAUCUUAAUUCAACACUACGAUUCUAACUCCGCCUAGUCUGUCGAUCGGAAGUAGAAGGUAGGAGCAUUCAUGGAGGACGCGCAUUUUGAAGCCCCGAUAUUGGUCGAGUCAGAAUUCUUUUUCCCUCCUCAUCGUCGGUCGCAUUUAAGGAGCGAGACUUAUCGUACGCUAGUUCGAAUCCUUUCGCCCUUCUGCGACAACACCAAUGUUUCUCUGGCAACUGAAUUUGAUCCCCGGGAACUGAGAGCUGCUUAUAGCAGCCACUUGAGGCAUACAACUGUAGAACCAUUAGGCCAGCAGGUAGGUGAAGCUUUUGUAAGGGCAGAAACUGGAGAGUCGGGUACUGAAAAGGUGACAGUGGUUGAAGAUGGUUUGGGGAUGAAUAGUCUUGAAGAUGGAUGGUUUCAUCACUCUGAAGUGACAACGGAUGUUGUAAACGAUACAACGGCGGUAGAAAUAAGUGGGAAUGUGGGUGAUGAAAGGAAAUUUUCUGGGGCUAUUUCUCCAGGGAAUCAUUGUGUUCAUGAAGAAAAUCAUAGAGAAGAGUUAGAGGCAGAGCAUAUCGUGGAAGGAAAUAAGGUGCCUGUUGAUGAAAAUAAUAGUAACAACAUGAGGGCUUCAGAUCAGAAAACUGGUGGAAAUGAUCAAAUAUUCCAGGAAGAAAUUGCUGACCAUCAACUAGUAAUGGCUGAAGAAGAUGUGACUAUAAUCCAGAAACUUUCUGGGACUAUUAUAUUGCUCGAUGGCAACAGUAUUGGGGAUAAACCAAAAGAGGACAAUCAAGAAAACAGGCUUUUAAUGGUUGGUAAUGGCAUGCAUGAAUGGCCUGAAAGUCAGCUGAAAGAAUCGGAAUCUGAGGGCAUAGUUCCUAUGCCUGAUUUAGAUAGAUCUCAUGUUUCUAGUUUUGAUGCGAUAGAGGUGGAAGAUGGUGAAAAGUGUAGUGAAAAGGUUUCCGAGACAGAUCCCUCAUAUCUGGAGAAGGAGAUACCUUGCGAGGCUUAUGGACAGAGGAAGGCCAGUGAUGAUAAGACUAUUUCCAUGGUGGUUGAUGCCUCCAAAGUAAAGCACAAAAUGCUAUUGGAAGAUAUGCAAAUGGACAAAUGCACGAAUGAGAAUGAAGACAUUGAGGAGGGUGAAAUCUGUGGUGAUUUUUCAACAUAUGAAAUUUUGGAAGAUCCACAAGUAUUGGCUGAGAAGGUUGUUGAUAUUCAAAUCUCCGAGGAUAUAAUAAAUGGAAAUAGGCUUCCUUCAAUUGAAUCUAAUGGAAUAGCAAAUAAGCCUGCUUCCUUCUCUGACACAACCGAGUAUGCAAGUCAUGAGAAUAAAGAGGAAUCCAAACUAAAUAAUAGUAGCAUGGAGGCCGCUUAUAAGCGGGGAAGUUUUGUUUCCAAAAAAAUGGUGACAAGUACAAAUGAAGAUAAGAAUGAUUUUAUGUUGGAGGAAAGAAGAUAUAAAGUAAAGGACAGUGGAACCAAGAAGGCCAUGGAUUCUUUUAUAGAACGUGUUCGUAAUCAAGUCCUUCGCAACCAAGUUCCAAGUGAACCUGCCUCUGGAGAGAAAAAAAUUGUAUCCACAGAAAAGGAAACUGGGGCAUGCGAUAAGAAAAAACGUGGUCCUUUAUCAGAAGGGAGAAAAGAAAGGAAAAAGAUACUGAAAAGAAAGAAGCGGGCAGAGAAGAAUCGAAAACUUGGUGUGAAAAGGUUGAAGCUGCAUCCAGUAACUGUGUCUAAACCAAAACCUGUAGUAUACUGUCGUCAUUAUAUCAAGGGGAGGUGCCAAGAGGGUGACAAGUGUAAAUUUUCUCAUCAGACAAUCCCUUUGACAAAAUCCACACCAUGUAGUUAUUUCGCACGUCAUUCAUGUAUGAAAGGCGAUGACUGUCCAUUUGAUCAUCAGCUGUCCAAGUAUCCCUGUAGCAAUUUUGUUUCCAAGGGUUCAUGCCCCAGAGGUGAUACUUGUAUGUUUUCACACAAGAUUUUGCCACAAGAAGAGUCUACUAGUACCCCAAAUUUGAAAACCGAACCAAAACCACCACAAAUACUGGAUAUUUCAGACUCUCAGAAAAAACUGGAUAUCAGUGGAACUUCUUGCAAUCGAACUCCUCUGGGAGGAACUUUGCCGAAGAAACCAACCGGACUACCACCUGUUGGAAUUAAUUUUCAGAAAACGACUGGACCACCCCCUGUUGGAAUUAAUUUCCUCUCUUUCGGGAAGUCAAGUAAAACUGAACCAGUCCAGUCUUCUCAGGUGAGAAAUGAUAAUGUGGAAGGUGGGAAUGCUUUGAACCGAAGUGGAAAUUCAGACGAAAUCUUGAGGGAGAUUCUGCCAGAAACAGCACCAAAGGGGAUAAAUUUUCUGUCGUUCGGUAAAACUUCACUCAAGUCUAACAGUGAGAAAUUGGUUACAUCUUCAAGCUACAAUGAUGCCACUAUUCCAUCCGGUAAUCGGAUUGAAGUUGUUUCCAAAACUGGUCAUGAUUUCAAUGAGCUGCUGAAGAAAGUACAAAUUGCAACACCCAAGCUAACGAACCUUUUGUCUCCAAAAGCUCCAAUAGGAAAUUAUGCUCCUACUGAAUUGGCUAGCUCAUCCUCCAACUCGAAAAUGGGUUCUGAUUUAUCUGUACAGAUUAAUGAAAGCACGUAUGAUAAGUAUGGUUCGAGUGCACUAUUACCAAGGCUGCCGGGUAAUCUGAUUUCUUGUGGUCAAUCUUCUGACAGCUUAGCUUCUAGCAUGUAUAAAGGAACACCAAACUCAGCUCAGAAGGCACUAUUGUCAACAUUGGCAUUUGCGGCACAAUAUGAGUCCUUGAUGAAUAAAGGAAAAUCCAGUGGCUCUCCUGCUUUCAGUAAUGAGGGUAACAAGGAAGCUAAGAAUGAGAAUGUUGGUGGAAGUUUGCAGAAUGAUCAAGCCAAAGCUUCAAAACUUUUGAGUAUCUUGUUAGGCGUUGGAUCUAAAUCUAAUUUGUAAGAAGCCUGGUAGUAGAUUGCUGUAAACACAUCUUAACACUGGAAAAAAGGGAUCAAUCAUGCUAUAAACAUGGGAUCAAUCCUUUCUCUCGCCGUAUUUCCAGGGUUAUUCAAUCCGGUUGGAAAAGGAAAACGAUAUCGUUGGAGAAACGAAGAAAUUGGCAUCCGAUCGAACGACAAUUAUUGGAUUCUCCAGCCCACCUUGGAUAUGAUCGAUCGGUCCGAGCGACCGCAUCAGCGGAACAAGAAAAUUUUGAAGUCCCUUGGAAGUUUCCAGAAGGCAGAAGAAGAUUAAUUCCAAAAAUGGCAGAGAAUUACAAUUGGUCCCCAUCGAUAGCAAGUUGUUCAUUGUGAAGUUUAUCUUAUCCGAAACAAUAUCUCUUCAAUUUGUUGGAAGUGAGUGGAAAAUUCAAAUGGUAC